CUUCGUAUAAACCCAAACUUAAACCGAACCAGAAUACACAUGAACGAGAACGCGGUUUGUCCGAACCGGAUCAUAGUCAAGUGCCCCAGGUUCGAUACGAUGCUCCGUUGCGAGUAUUAAACGCCAUAUUUAAUCAAAGGCCCCAUAGCUUCUUCUCCUCCUCACUCAGAUACUCAUACAAACUCGAAUCUUCUCAUACUUCCAGAUCCGACGAUUCUCUGAUUUUCUGAUUUGGAGAAAGGCUUUUCGUUGAGGAGGUUUUGGAAUUUUGAUCUAAUUCAAGCAUGGCUGCUCCAGUGCCUCCAGGAGCAAAUAGACCAAACAAUCCACAAAACUCAGCAUCUCCGAAUUUCGUCCCUGGCUCACAAGGAAACCCCACUUCUCUAGCUACUAAUAUGCAAAACCUGAACAUUAACCGGCCGCCUCCUCCAAUGCCCGGUUUAGGUCCUAGACCAUCUCCACCUUUUGGUCAAUCACCACCACAACCUUUUCCUCAGUCCGCUCCUUCCUACGGUGUUCAACAACAAGCUAGACCUUCUCCAAUGGCUAGGCCUGGACCUCCUCCUCCUCCAAUGACUAGACCAGGUGGACCACCUCAGGUUUCGCAACCCGGCGGGGUUCCGUUAGGAAGACCCAAUGGUCCACCUUUUGGUCAGUCAUCUUUUGGCACUAGACCAGCGUCUGGGCCAAUGCCUGGUGGCGGGUCGUUUCAGCAGCCUCCUGGUGGUUUCACAGCUGCUUCGGGUCCACCAGGUGGUGCAGCUGCGGCUCCUCCUCCUUCGGGAUCACGUCCGGUUGGAUUUGGUUCGCCUCCAACUAUGGGACCUGGCAUGUCCAUGCCUCCCUCUGGUGGUCUGGUGACUAAUGGGCCUCCGAUGAUGGGUCAACCACAACCUUAUGGACAGUUCUCUAGCGGUGCUAUGAUGGCUCCACCGCAACCUUAUGGACAGCCUCCCAAUGCACCUCCUUUUUCGGGAGGUUCACCGUUAACUUCGCCUCCUGCUCGUUCGAUGCCUCCGCCAACUAAUUUCCCUGGUGCACCUUAUGGCAGGCCAGGAGGCUUUCCUUAUGGAGCACCACCACCACAACAGCCCCAUUCUGCUCCUGGUACUCCUGGUUCAGUGUAUGGCAUGGGUCCAGUGCCAAAUCAGUCAAUGACCACUGUUUCUAGCCCCUCGAAGAUUGAUCUUACUCAGAUCCCAAGGCCAGGUUCAAGCUCCAGUCCAAUCGUGUUUGAUACUCGCCAGGGGAAUCAGGCUAAUCCUCCACCUCCUACUACUGUCGAUUAUAUUGCUAGAGACACUGGAAAUUGCAGCCCGCGUUACAUGCGAAGCACAAUUCAUCAGAUCCCAUGUACUGUUGAUCUUCUCUCUACAUCUGGUAUGCAACUGGCGUUAAUAGUCCAACCCAUGGCGCUUUCUCAUCCAUCUGAAGAGCCUAUCCAAGUGGUGGACUUUGGUGAGAGUGGCCCUGUUCGAUGUUCACGUUGUAAAGGAUACAUUAAUCCUUUCAUGAAGUUCACUGAUCAUGGAAGGAAGUUCACUUGUAACUUGUGUGGAUACACUGAUGACACUCCUCGUGACUACCAGUGUAAUCUGGGUCCAGAUGGCAGACGCAGGGAUGCUGAUGAAAGGCCUGAGCUGUGUAGGGGAACCGUUGACUUUGUUGCUACAAAAGAAUAUAUGGUACGAGAUCCAAUGCCAACAGUGUAUUUCUUCCUCAUUGAUGUCUCAAUGAAUGCGAUUCAAACCGGUGCAACUGCAGCUGCUUGCAGUGGAAUCCAGCAAGUCCUCUCAGACCUUCCUGAAGGUCUUAGGACGUUUGUUGGAAUCGCCACAUUUGACUCAACAAUACACUUUUAUAAUUUGAAGCGUGCACUGCAACAGCCAUUGAUGCUCAUUGUUCCUGAUGUUCAAGAUGUUUAUACACCUUUAGAAACAGAUGUCAUUGUUCAGCUAUCUGAGUGCCGUCAACACCUAGAGAUUUUGCUGGAAAGUAUCCCAACAAUGUUUCAGGAAAGUAAGAGUCCCGAAUCUGCUUUUGGUGCAGCUGUUAAGGCCGCAUUCUUAGCAAUGAAGAGCACUGGAGGAAAGCUCUUGGUAUUUCAAUCAGUUUUGCCUUCUGUUGGCAUUGGAGCACUUUCUUCUAGAGAGGCCGAUGGGAGAGCUAAUGCCUCUGCGGAUGAAAAGGAAGCCCAUAAAUUACUACAACCCGCGGACAAAACUUUAAGGACCAUGGCAAUUGAAUUUGCUGAAUACCAGGUCUGUGUGGAUUUAUUUAUCACAAGUCAGGCUUAUGUUGACAUGGCUUCAAUUUCCGACAUCCCAAGAACUACUGGAGGACAGGUUUAUUGCUAUUACCCUUUCUCAGCUCUUUCAGAUCCUCCCAAGCUAUACAACGAUCUUAGAUGGAAUAUCACUAGGCCUCAGGGUUUUGAGGCUGUCAUGCGAGUCAGAUGCAGUCAGGGUAUUCAAGUGCAAGAAUACUCAGGGAACUUCUGUAAACGCAUUCCAACUGACAUCGAUCUACCUGCGAUUGACUGUGACAAAGCUGUAUUGGUGACACUAAAGCAUGAUGACAAACUACAAGAUGGAGCUGAAUGUGCCUUUCAGUGUGCCCUUCUGUAUACAACGAUAUCUGGCGAAAGAAGAAUUAGGGUUAUUAACUUAUCACUCCCAUGCACAAGCAUGCUCAGUAACUUGUUCCGCUCAGCUGACUUAGAUUCUCUAUUUGCUUGUAUGUUGAAACAAGCGGCGAAUGAGAUCACUUCCAAGGCACUUCCAUUGGUAAAGGAGCAAGCAAUUAAUAGUUGCAUCAGCACACUCCAUUCCUAUCGUAAAUUCUGCGCUACGGUUGUAGCAACUGGACAACUUAUUCUUCCUGAAGCACUCAAGCUUUUGCCGCUAUAUACUCUUGCCUUAACCAAAGGUGUUGGGUUACGGCCGGAUGGGAGAAUCGAUGACCGAUCAUUUUGGAUAAACCAUGUGUCUUCAUUGUCUACUCCUUUGGCAAUCCCGCUAGCUUAUCCAAGGAUGAUCGCUGUUCAUGACCUUGACGAAAAGGAUAAUGAAGAAACUGUGGUUCCCUCUGCAAUCCCAUUGUCAAGUGAACAGCUUAGUGACGAGGGAGUCUAUUUUCUUGAGAAUGGUAACGAUGGUUUGAUAUAUGUCGGGGACUCUGUAAAUUCAGAGAUCCUGCAGAAGCUCUUUGGUGUUCCCUCAGCUGCUGACAUUCCAAGUCAGUAUGUGCUGCAGAGGUAUGAUAAUCAGCUAUCAAAGAAGUUCAAUGAAGUGGUGAAUGAAAUAAGGAGGCAAAGAAGUUCUUACCUACGCAUUAAAUUGUGCAAGAAGGGAGAUCAAACAGGAAUGUUAUUCCUUUCGUAUAUGGUAGAGGACAGGACACCGGGUGGGCCAUCGUACGUGGAGUUUCUUGUUCAAGUUCACCGUCAAAUCCAACUCAAAUUGAACUGAGAGGUCUCUCUUGUCUCCUCUGUUUCAUGUCUUCAGAAUCUUUAGAUUAGAAAGAGCAAAGCAGCAGAGAAAAAAAAAGAGAAAGGAAAGACGAAGACUCUUCUUCCUUUGUACAUACUUUUGGCUGGAGACUUUAAAAAUUAUUCUUCAAGUUCUUGUGUGCUUGAUGUAGAGAGAGGUAACAAGAGGGAGAGGAGAGGCAGAGAGCUUGACAAUCUUUUUUUGUACUUUGCUUAUUUUAUACAGGAACAGUCUUUUUGUAGUGGUACUUAGAGAAAGAUUUUUCAAUAUUUACGACAGUAUUUUCCGCAUCUUUCUCUUGUGUUUUCUUCUAUUUUGCAAUCUGUUCUGUUGCUUCAGCUCGAAAUAACAAAACUAUAUUGUUGACUGAAACAACUGAGACAUUUGUCCGUUUCAACCCGAGGCGGACCAGUUCAUUUUGUU